AAGGGCAGGGACCGAACCCGCAACCUCAUGGUUCCUAGUCGGAUUCGUUAACCACUGCGCCACGAUGGGAACUCCAGCUUUUUGAUUGUUAAUGUGGCUUUAAUGUAAUAUUCAUACAUUAAAAUUUGCACAGGAACUCUAAAAAAGAUACCUUAGAAAGUAUAACUAAUUUAAUUUCUUGGCCAAAUUAUGUGUAUAUAUAAUAUAUAUUAAUGUAUCUGUAAAAUCAAGAGGUUGAUUCCCAAAGUUUCUCUGGAAAAUCAAUCCAAUUAGUUACUGUCACAUUCUGGGCAAAAUUGUAUGGUUAUAAAUAUAAACUACUAUAAAUUUAAUUGUAUAUUUUGGAAUAUUUAAAAUCUUUUUAACUAUUAUAUUUUGCUUUUUCUUUUAGUGAAGAUGAUGUCUGCAAAAGACACAGUUAAAGUAAUGGUUGUCAUGCUUGCAAUUUGUUUUCUUGCAAGAUCAGAUGGGAAGCCUAUUAAGAAGAGAUCUGUGAGUGAAAUACAGCUUAUGCAUAACCUGGGCAAACACCUGAGCUCUCUGGAGAGAGUGGAAUGGCUGCGAAAGAAGCUGCAGGAUGUGCACAACUUUGUUGCCCUCGGAGCUUCUAUAGUUCACAGAGAUGGUGGUUCCCAGAGACCCCGAAAAAAGGAAGACAAUGUCCUGGUUGAGAGCCAUCAAAAAAGUCUCGGAGAAGCAGAUAAAGCUGCUGUGGAUGUAUUAAUUAAAGCUAAACCCCAGUGAAAACACAUAUGAUCAGAGAGCACUGCUCUAGACAGCAUAAGGCAAACAAUAUUUCAUGCUGCUAAUGUUUUCAAUCUCUAUUAAGAUUAAGUGCCAAUAUUUCUAAUAUUACUAAACUUGAUGGGUAAUCAUUGCUAGCCAUGAUUGCUGAAAUUUUAAUUGAUCAUUUUGAUUCUACUUUUACUCAUUUAAGAGCUUCUUUUAACAAUUCUAUUUCUAUUGAUUCUAAAUAAAUGAAGUAUUUCUUCCUUGUUAUAAAAAUGUCUUUCAGU